GUAGAGGUCUCCCUGAAAGAGAGGGAGCAGCUGAGUCAUCAGGAGAUCGGUGGCUUGGUGUGCCUCCCAGCAGCGAGGGCCCAGGCAGAACCCAAGCUCUCUACGGAGGCUCCAGUAGUGGCACCAUCAGUGCCAAUGUACUCAGUGAGGAGGCGCCCAAAGGUAAAUGCACACAAAAUGACAGAUCUCACCCAGUGCUCUAUCCAUCGAUGUACAAUACAACAUAUUUCUUUCCCAUGAAGCAGACAAUGUGUAGCUUAUACUUCAAGAUGUAUAUUCUUCAAGUCACUCACCUCACUCUUAUUGAAACAGUGAGGUGUCAUAUCAUUGAUAUGCUGUGUCAUGUUAUUGAUUAGCAGUGUCAUAUUUUGGUUGUUUGGUUGAUGUUUAUUACAGACCUACCCUCCUCCACCACCACCCUCCAUGAGGCCAGGAUGGACAGGGGAUCCCUGUGGUCCUCAACCUGUUCCAACAACCUGCGCACAUGGAAGAGGUGAGUAAGAGUCUUUUUUUAACAGCAGUGAACCUAGAGGCCAGGUAUGUAUGACUUUGAGUAAGCAUGCGAGUAACUAACAGGAAUAGUGUCAUUUAUGGAGACUGAGGCUUUAAUUGUCAGGUUGCCGUUUAUUGGGAUGAAUCUUGUCUUGGAGGCAGCGCUGAAUGGUUUCAGCUAGAUGGGCCAGCCGCAAUGUUAAAAUUAGUUAUAUCGUAAAAAAUUAAUGGAAACAAAAAUGUGCAUUUUGGUCUUGAUUUAAGGUUAGAGUUAGGCAUAAGGUUAGCAGUGUGGUUAACGAAUGGGGGUAAAGUUAGGUGUAGGUUUAAUGUGAUUUUAUGACUUUGUGGCUGUGCCAGCUAGUGACCAACCUGAAGAGCUGCCUUCAGUACAUGAGUCAUCCCAAUAAAUGCCAACCUGCCUUUAUUCAUACUCGUGCCCUGUACUGCCUACAGAGUAUUGAAGUUGUGUCCAUAUGUCCUACUUGUCACAGAGCCACGGAGCAGAUACGUGGAUGUCCUGGGCCAGGAAUGGAAGAACAGUCCUGUGACUGAAUGUUCUGCUGUCCCCAACUGCCCUGCUCAACGACCCGUGGUCCAGAGUGGACCUGCUGCUGAGCCUCUCAUUGUGAGGCCCAAGACCAGCGGAGAGGGCUGGCUGGCUUGGCUUGCUUGGCUUUGGCCG